GGUUUGGGGGUGAAAAUCAGGAGAAGUAACGCUCUUGUUCCAACUUUUAAGGCCGCGUCUGAUGAGAAAUGGAAAUCUGGCUCCAAGUCAUCCUUCCUGUUGUUGACAUCACCUGAAAACUCCGCUGGAAAUAUUUCCACUAGUUUGCUGCAAACAUCGCUUCCCCCCGAGGUCUCAGCACCUUGAGCAGCGUACAGAGACUUGCUGUUGUUGCCAACACUGGAAAGACUGAAGCUGGCAUCCCCAUAGUCCUUCUCCAGAGGUUGCCUUGCAAGACACAGCUAUAAAAUGUUCAUCAGAAAAAAUUGAACCGUAGAUCCUUAAGAGUGUUGAAGGAGUGGGGAGUAACAAAGCUGUGGAACUUCAAUGAAGAAGGUCAAAUAAAUCCCCCAGAUCAUGUUAUAUGGAAAGUGGUCCAAUGGAUGGCAUAGCGAUAGCAUCACUGUCCAGGGAGCUGGAAUCCUUCCUCGCCUGCCUGCAUGCUGCUUGAACUGAUCCCAAGCCUUUGUUUUUGGACUGAAGAAACGUGAAAACCUUUCUCUCCUAAUUCAUGAGCCAGCAGGAUGUGGUCGCCGUGCUUUCAGAACGCCUGCUUGUAGCCGCCUACAAAGGCCAAGUGGAGAAUGUGGUGCAGCUUAUCAACAGGGGUGCCAAGGUAGCAGUUACCAAGCAUGGCCGGACCCCCCUGCAUCUUGCUGCCUACAAGGGUCAUCUCCACGUUGUCCAGGUUUUGUUGAAGGCAGGUUGUGAUCUGGAUAUUCAGGAUGAUGGUGACCAGACAGCACUGCACCGGGCUGCUGUUGUAGGGAACACUGAUAUAAUAGCAACUCUCAUUCAAGAGGGCUGUGCUUUGGACAGACAAGACAAGGAUGGGAACACUGCUCUUCAUGAGGCUUGUUGGCAUGGAUUCAGUCAGUCUGCCAAAGUGCUUGUUAAAGCAGGAGCCAACGUUCUUGCCAAGAACAAGGCAGGUAACACACCUCUUCACCUGGCUUGCCAGAAUAGCCAUUCCCAGAGUACUCGUGUUUUGUUACUUGGAGGAUCUCGAGCAGACCUCAAAAAUAAUGCAGGAGAUACCUGUCUGCAUGUGGCUGCUCGUUAUAAUCACUUGCCCAUCAUUAGGGUGCUGCUCAGUGCUUUCUGUUCUGUCCAUGAAAAGAACCAGGCAGGGGAUACUGCACUCCAUGUAGCUGCUGCUCUAAAUCACAAGAAGGUGGUGAAGCUCUUGCUGGAGGCAGGGGCUGAUGCAUCCGUUGUCAACAAUGCAGGCCAGACCCCUCUAGAGGUUGCCAGACAGCACAAUAACCCCGAGGUAGCGCUCCUGCUCACUAAAGCGUCACAGGUCUCGCGUUUUAACCGUGGGAGAAGCCUGAGGAAGAAGAGAGAGAGACUGAAGGAGGAAAGGAGGGCCCAGUCGGUGCCACGGGAUGAAGUGGUGCAGAGCAAGCAGGGCAGUGUCUCAGCUGCUGAUGACACACCAAGCAGCGACCAGCCCCCAGAAAGGAAGAACAAUCUGAAGGAUAAACCCCGGUCAGCCUCACCAGAUCCCAAAGGGAAGAAGAGCAAAAAGAAAAAGCCAAAGGAAAAGGUUUCAGCACUCUCAGACCCCAUCUCCCCAGCUGACCAGCAGGCAGUCCCUCAGCCCCAGAAGAACGCGCCCAAGCGCAGGAGCAAACACCACUGCCCCUCUCCACCCCCUCCCCACGAGGUGCGAGCCUACCAGCUCUACACGCUGUACCGAGGCAAGGACGGCAAGGUGAUGCAGGCACCCAUAAAUGGAUGUCGUUGUGAGCCCCUGAUAAAUAAACUGGAAAAUCAGCUGGAUGCAACAGUGGAAGAGAUAAAAGCUGAGCUUGGGACAGUACAAGAUAAAAUGAAUAUUAAGCUGGGCCAGAUGGAAAGCAAAACUCAACAUCAACUCCGAGUUCUGGACAAGCUGAUGGCCGAGCGGCUGUCGGCAGAGAGGACAGAGUGCCUGCACCGCCUGCAGCAGCACACGGAACUGGAGAAGAGUGAGGGGGAGAAGCGGCAGAUUUCCUUGGUUGAUGAGCUGAAGACCUGGUGCUUGUUGAAGAUUCAGAAUCUGGAGCUCAAGCUUUCUGGAGAUUCCAGGUCAUCAAGACCAAAAUCAACUUUGUCCACUUGUGAGUCUCUCACUGAGACCCUGGAUACUGACAACAACCCCAACAGUGCCAAGGACUGUAAAGCCAACCAGCCUGUGCUGCAGUCAGAGGGCUCCCACCAGCAUUCCUACAUCACACUUCCAAACAGCCUCUUGGAAGAUGGGGGAAGGAGCAGAGUCCAGAUGCCAGAACAAAGCUUUGGGCAACACUUUUGCAUUAAACAAGAUGGAGCAUUGGGUACAACCACGUCAGGUACAGAGCAACAGGUGGCUGGUGGACCAGUUUCUUCUUCUGCCCCUGCUCAAGAUGUCAGGCCAAAGGACAAAGCUGUGAGUGCCAGCACGUUCCACAGGUUCCAGCAGGAGCUGCCCUCCUCCGAGCUUUCGGGCUCCAAAUUAAGACACGUUAAAGUUCAAGCUGCCUUGCAGCCAGUGACUGAACCUGCAAAGACUGAACCACAGAGCGGCUACUUCCUUGACAAAGGAACUCAGACAAAGAAGUCCAGCAAAAGCGGGCAGUCGAGGCACAAAGCUGUGCACCACGGCGGGACACAGCAGGGCCAGGAGCAGCAGCCCUCGGGCCCGCCUGCCCCUCCGCUCAGAGACACCUCCCAGGCCCUGGAGAUAACCCAGUACUUCUUCGAGGCCGUCUCCACACAGAUGGAGAAGUGGUACGAGCGGAAGAUAGAAGAGGCCCGGUGCCAAGCCAACCAGAGAGCGCAGCAGGACAAAGCUGCGCUCAAGGAGCACAUCAAAUGCUUGGAAGAGGAGCUGAGCAAAUUAAGGACUAAGGUGCAGAAAGAGAGCUAGCACCUGCCAGGCAGCUAAUCAAACAACAGGACUCAUUUUGGAACCUGCUGUAUGGGAACUGGGCAUAUUGAUAGAUAUUUGUAGUGCCUGUUAACAUCCAAACACAACACUCUAUUUCAGGAGUAGAAAUAACUUUGGAAACUCCAGAACUGAGGAGAGUUCAUAUGCAAACUAUAUUGAUAACAAAGAGAUGCUGCAGAUUAGAUCCUUUCUUUGUUAUUUUCAAGAGUCUGUCAAUAUUGCACUCUGAGUUUCCAGAUGCUGCUUGAAACCAAACUGCAUUAGUAACCAAAACUGCUUUCUGAAAAAGGAAUUCCCUUACUUCCACACAGGACACAGACUAGAGGGUUCUGCUGUAUGCUACAUGUAAACACGUUGUGUUACCAGUGCUGAAAGAAAUCCAAGAUGUUUGAAAGUUUUUGACAGAAUUACUUAGUGAUGAAGGGCUAUUGAUCCUAUUUUAGAUACUCCCAGGGCCUCUCUCUAGUCAGGAGAGAAGCCAAAGAACCCACUCCAGGUACAAGCCCAGGUAGCUGACAGAUGCAGGCUUCCAGCUGGGAGAGGGCAGGCAACCGUGGAGGGAGAUGAUAGGGCAAAUCAUCCCAAUAGGUACAGAAACUUCAGCAGAAGCUUCACUUUGCUUUUUCUCUUGGUUUUCCAUUAUUAAAACAAGUACUAAAUCUGAUUUGUCUUUUUUUUUUUAUGGUGUCCUGCUUGCAGAGCUCCUUGUGAUUACACUAUUGUUGAGGCUCUACUCCAGUAAUCUAAGAAUUUUGUUUAGGGCAUGGAUGACAAAUAUUUUACUGUAACCAUGGUCUGCUUUUUAGGUUGAAUGUUUUAUAUAAAUCUUUUUUCCUUCAAGCAGGAAAUGGCUAAAUUGUCUACUACUGAAGAAGCUUGAAAAAGUCCUUUAUCUAAGGAAGUGAAAGCUUGGCUUCCUGAAUUCAAAUUUUAUUUUUCUGCAGUCAGGAUUUUUUCUCAGGCACCUUGCCCAGACUGUCUACCUUUUUUCCUCUGAAUGAUUCCUCCUGGUUUUUUCCCUUCUGUCUCUAAAAAGGAGACCAGGCCCUGAUGAGUCUACAGGUUUUAGGACAAACAGUCCCACAAAACAGCACUCAACAUUUAAAGUUUUAUAAUUGUGUUUUGUUAUCAAAUCAGAACUUUCAUUGACCAAUGUUGUCCAUGCUGACAGACUCCAGAUAACUUCAAGGCACUGUAACUACUGCAUCUGCAUCCCUUUAGGGUUUCCUCCUUACACAUCUGAGAAGGCUCCAUCAGAUCCUGCUAGAAAUAUAAGUUUAUUUACCAGAUCAUGAUAGAACAACUGUUCAAAAACAGUUCUAACACAGGAUGGUACUGUUAUGCCAAGGAGAAAAAGAUUUUCUGUUCUAAGGAGCUCCAAAAUCAAUACAAAAUACUUUACAGUGUUGAAGAAGGCCAUUCACUAAUUAGCAAUUAAGCCUUUGUCUUCUUAGCGGAUGUAUAAAGCAAAAAAAGUCCUAUUAUAUAACAAUAUUUUUAAAGUUCCUAUUAAUGCACUAUCAUGACAGGAGAAGUGUAUCUGCAGCUAUGGAAAUACUAGAUUUCUUGCUCUGACUUCUGUAGUCUAACAUAGACACUUUGGUAUGUUUACAGUUUUGUUUGAGCUACAGUAGGAAUGCAGAAGCAUGCUAUUGAAGUUUUGUAUCACCUGGAUGAAGUUCAUGUCUUGCCAAGCAAUUAAAGUAAGUGUUGCUCAGAAAUGUGUGGUGUAACAUUUUCUAGCCACAGAAAACUGACAGUCCUCACUUGACUCUGAACAGGGAGCAGAAGAUUGGACUUCCAACUUGUAAGCUUUUUGUUUGUGGAACCAACACAGACAUGGAAUCUGCCAUCUGUGCAGAGGGAGGCUGCAGUGGCUGGUGCAGGUGCCCCUUUCACAGGGCUGAGUUGUGCACAGAUCACACACACUCCUGAGCUUGCCCAAGCUCAAAGGGAGAGGCUGUGCCUUUAGCUCUACUUCCCAUACAGACUACACUGGACCACACUCAUAGGUCCAAGUAAUUUAAGUAAACCCAAGUAAUUACCAAGUAAUCUAAGACAGUAACCAGGCUGCAGGUUACUGAUUUUAGAGGUUCUCUGAGGCCAAUGAGUGUAUGAUAAAAGAAAGAGAAGCAUUUUCUGCUAAUUCCUUUCUAUACCCUUCCCUUCAAAACUGUGAAAGACUUUAUAAAACAGGUGUGACCUACCUACAUGUCUCUUCAGGUAAAUUUACUUACCCUCACAAGCUGUACUUGGACUCUUUAAGGCUUCUGGCUGGCAGUUUUAUACCUGGCAAGCCCACAGAGCAGUGGAGAUGAAAGGCAGCAGCAGUUAAGAGGUCAGUGUCUGUCCAGGGCCCUGUCUGUCAGUCCUAGCUCUGGAUUACAUGCCCACAACCUGGAAAUGUACAAACUGAGAGUCCAAAGGGUAAUGCAGGCUCCAGGCUCUGAAAGGGAAGCACCAUGGUGAGGCAGAAGGGUACAGCCUCCUGAUUAGGGAACAGAAAUCCAAGCACUGGCUGAAGGGGAAUGGAAGGCUACUGUGAUAACUGCCAACAUUGGUUGUGGCUGAUUGGUCAAAAUACCUUUGUGAGCAGAACUUUCUCUUAAGGUGAAAAAUAAAACCCCAAUACAAAAAUGUUCUCAGUCUGUUCUACCAGAAAAUGUUAAUAAAAUGUAAAUUUUAAAUGAAGCAUUUUUAGGUAUGUAUUUUUCACUGACUGAAGCUCAGAGGCUUCAGUCUAUACAGAUCUGAACCACAGCUCCUGCUCUCAACUGGGGUCAUUCCUCCUGUGGCCUGGAAUUCUGUCCUGUCCCUUCCCUGAUGCCAGUGGUGAUCCCUAUUUACCAGGUUUGCUGCCAGUUUGUGCAGCUCAGGAAUUCUGCAGAAAACCACCUUUGAAACAGGGGUUCUCCUCAAGGGAACUACAAUAACAGAGUGGAAGAGGGAAGAGAUCCUGCAUGUCUUGGAAUCACAACCUAAAAUGGUAAGGUAUCAAUCUGCUGCUGCCUGUCUAGUCAUGUGGAGAAAAUCCCCUGCUCAUCCAGGCCUUUUUAAAUUAAAUG